AUGUCUCCUGCCAAAAAGGCCGACAAAAUCGUCUUCAUCAACGUGCCAGGUGACAAGAAUGCCCUGUCACAGCGUGAUCGCGAAUUGCAGGCAGCGGCAGCACGUGCGCACGCUGCUCGAGUAUCCAGACGUCCUCCUCAAAAGUCUGGGAUUGUGAAGCAUGAACCAGGCGGCCAUCCAGGAAUCACGUUGUCGGCAUUGCUCGGUUCGCCCAGUGCCGUUGCCAUACGACCGUCGCGUGGGAAAGCCAAGCGAUGGCCCAAGGUCCUGGAGGAGGCAGGUGAAGACUAUGAUACUCUAUUGAACAAAAGAAGAAUAUAUGCUGUCUCAGCGUCCAGCUUGGGUCAGGGUCAAGUCGAUCCUUUCGACAGUGCGCCGGUAAAGGGCCUGGACAAUUUUAUUUACUCAAUUCUCGACUUUGCAUACGACUAUGCGUUCCCCUCGUUCGUCCCAGCUGCUCCUACCAAAGCUUUACCCACUCACCGUGCCAAUCGGCGCAGGCUCGGUCGACAAUUUGGGUUCCUUCUCGAAGCUCAGAUAGUGGCGGCUGCUAAAUUCCAAUUGAGUCCUAUGAUAUCGUUGACGGAACAAAACCGAAGACGUGUACAAGCAAUCAACGAAGUCCACGAGAAGAGAGCCGUAAACCUCCUCGAUCAGGAGCUUCGGCGCCUGGGCACCACUCCCUCUGAUACCGUAAUCUAUGCUUCAGCCCUUCUGGCCUACGUUUCAGGGCCUAGCUAUGACCGGACCUCGACUCGACAUCCUAAAUCACCGCUGGCGACAGCCCAGAACCUUCACGCUAUGGGCCACCUUGACAUCAUUCCAGAGCGCGUUCAGGGCGUGCGGACAUUAGUACAGCGGAGGGGCGGUAUUGACGCGCUAAGCAUGCCGUUUCAGCGCAUCGUCUUGACAUAUCUCGACACCAUUGUGUCUACUAGACUAGGCGUGCGGCCAGGUUGGACGUGGCCUGCGGCGGUCCCAGAAUCCCUACGACAUACCGGCGAGCAUAUCCUCGAUCAGACAGCCGCCCAAUUGAUGCAGGUGAUGGGCUCUGGUUUCAGCGAGUUGCAGCAUGAACAGAUGCGUCAGACGCUCUUUCUGAUGUGCGAAGCCACUGCGGCACUUGAUCACUGUCACCGAGGGGGACCAUCUCCUCCUUCGAUUUGGGACGUUGCCCGGAUCAGGCUUGCGGUGCAGCACAGAUUAUGCUCGUUCGACCCGCUUACCCCAGAGCAGAUCAGCUUAGCUGACCUACAGUUUGAGCUCUGCCGACUGUCGGCACUGAUCUACAGUGAUCUGGUACUGUUUCCCAUUCCCGAACAAUCAGACGUCAAGCCCCCACUCUUCUACGACCUUGGUCGCACGCUGGACAAAUACGAGUCUGUUGCAGAACCCUCACAGAUUGACCGAGAUUUCCUGGCGUGGUGUGUCCUGCUCGCAGCGGCCGCCUCGAUCUCUUACCCAGUCUUCCGAACUCAGUUUAUCCAGCGGCUUGAAGGGCUCGUUGGCUCCGAUGAAAGAUUACGAGACUGGGAGUUCUACGAGGGCGUGGUAAAAAGGUAUCUUUGGUGGGGUUAUUUGCUUGAUCCACCAGCCAAAGAAGCGUUCGCUGCGAUCUCGUGGCCGGACACUGUUACAAAUGGGGUUGGUCUUUCCCUUGAUCGCCAACAGGGCCGUCAUAUCAAGCAGCCUUACCGGUGUGAUUCUCCUGGAGGUUAA